AGCGAGGUGGGCGGGCUCUCUUUUAUUCCCCUCGCUCUCCUGCGCUUUUGCCAUAACGAGCUGCGGAGCCGAUUCAGAGCUCUGGGCGGUGUCUGCCGGCCCUGGAGAAAGCCGAGCAAAAGAAGAACGAUCAGAGCGAAGAUCGUUACUUUUUAAAACGAGAAAACAGAGAAGAUUUUAGACGGAAAACCAGAGACGCGAAGGAAUGGAAGAUCAGAACCAAUCGUCCCUUGUUAGCUCAUCCAAAGGAACAGAAGGCAAUGUUGAUUCAUCCCCAGCGACCUCGUCAGGAAUGUCUCUCGAGCGAUCUUCUCCACCGCCGCCCCCACCACAAAGCGCCCCCGGGCCGGUGCGGAGGCCGCCGCCUCCUCCCCCCGCCUCGCCCCCUCCGCCCCGGGCCCCCGACGCUCCGGAUCGAGGCGAGGAGGAGGAGGCGAUCCGGGGCGCGAGGACGGGGCCGGGCCCCGGAGGCUACUUGGAGAAGUACAGCUGGAUGAGCCAGCCCGGGCUGACGUUCGAGAGGGAGGGGCGGCCGCUGGCGGACCUCGUAACCGGGGGCGACCAAGCCAAGAGCGACCCGUCCUCCAUCGACUCCUCGCAGGAGGAGGACUCCUUGGAGAGGCUGACGCCCGACUCGCCGUUCGAGGUGCUGGCUGAGGCGCAGGAGCCCCUCGCCGCCGGAGGUAGGCCCAGCAGAGCGAGGGCCGAGGACGGCGCGGUUCCGGGGCUGGAGGGCGCCAAGUGGAGCUUCCUGCCGGACGACCGGUCCCCCCGCCGUCCCGAAGCUCGAGAAGAGGCGCCUGGCUCGGGAGGCGGCCCCAGAGUCGAGGACCGGGAAGGAGUGGAGUCUUCGGCCGCAGUAGUGGCCCCAGAGAGCUUCCAGCCUCCCCCGACUGCAUUAGCGACCGUCCCCCCUGGAUCCUCGGGCCCUGGCCCACGGGACAAAGAUGUGUCCACCACGGGUCUCGACGUCACCUUGGGCCCGCGUCCGGUGGGCGGAUGGUCCGAGGCAGUUGCCUCCCCCUCUGUGGGGGCAGGGGUUUGCGCCGUCCCGCCCGUCGCAGAUGGACUCGCGGAAAAAUUAGACCGAGCAUCCGAGGCCAAGACCCCGACCGAGAGGGGAAGUGGCACCGAGACUCGGCCCGGCCGUCCCGCGGGUGACCCCUGGUCCCUGGGAGAGGAGUCUUCCGCUCCCCCGGGCGUUAACGAAGCCGCCGCAGUGUGGCACCCAUCUCGAGCCCCGGCCGUUCAGACGACAGCUGCCCUCGACCGCGCCCAGCCGGAACCACCGAAGGCGGAUCAAUCCGGGGAAUCGAGGGAGGUUCUCAAAGGGCCCCCAGGGCCCCAGCCCUUGGCCCCGGAGGCAGCUUCCGCGACGGAGCCACCCGGCGGCCCGCAGAAUGUGGAUCUGGUGUCGGUGGAGGUAGCCUGGGAACAAGGGGUUGGCGCCAGAGAGGUGGGGGCAGUCAGCCCUGCAAGCCGAGGAGCCAAGGAGGACAGGAGCCAACCAGGAUAUGCCCGGAAUUCCCUGCCGGAAGACCAAACAGGAUUGGACAAAGUUUCCCAGCCAGACGACCAAACAGGAUUGGGCAAAGUUUCCCAGCCGGAAGAGCGAACAAUAUUGGGCAAAGUUUCCCAGCCGGAAGAGCGAACAAUAUUGGGCAAAGUUUCCCAGCCGGAAGAGCGAACAAUAUGGGGCAAAGUUUCCCAGCCAGACGACCGAACAAUAUGGGGCAAAGUUUCCCAGCCGGAAGAGCGAACAAUAUUGGACAAAGUUUCCCAGCCGGAAGAGCGAACAAUAUUGGGCAAAGUUUCCCAGCCGGAAGAGCGAACAAUAUGGGGCAAAGUUUCCCAGCCGGAAGAGCGAACAAUAUUGGGCAAAGUUUCCCAGCCGGAAGAGCGAACAAUAUUGGGCAAAGUUUCCCAGCCGGAAGAGCGAACAAUAUUGGGCAAAAUUUCCCAGCCGGACGACCGAACAAUAUUGGGCAAAGUUUCCCAGCCGGAAGAGCGAACAAUAUUGGGCAAAGUUUCCCAGCCGGAAGAGCGAACAAUAUUGGGCAAAGUUUCCCAGCCGGAAGAGCGAACAAUAUUGGGCAAAGUUUCCCAGCCGGAAGAGCGAACAAUAUUGGGCAAAAUUUCCCAGCCGGACGACCGAACAAUAUUGGGCAAAGUUUCCCAGCCGGAAGAGCGAACAAUAUUGGGCAAAGUUUCCCAGCCGGAAGAGCGAACAAUAUUGGGCAAAGUUUCCCAGCCGGAAGAGCGAACAAUAUUGGGCAAAGUUUCCCAGCCGGACGACCGAACAAUAUUGGGCAAAGUUUCCCAGCCGGAAGAGCGAACAAUAUUGGGCAAAGUUUCCCAGCCAGACAACCAAACAGGAUUGGGCAAAGUUUCCCAGCCAGACGACCAAACAAUAUUGGGCAAAGUUUCCCAGCCAGACGACCAAACAAUAUUGGGCAAAGUUUCCCAGCCAGACGACCAAACAAUAUUGGGCAAAGUUUCCCAGCCAGACGACCAAACAAUAUUGGGCAAAGUUUCCCAGCCAGACGACCAAACAAUAUUGGGCAAAGUUUCCCAGCCAGACGACCAAACAAUAUUGGGCAAAGUUUCCCAGCCAGACGACCGAACAAUAUGGGGCAAAGUUUCCCAGCCUGACGACCAAACAAUAUUGGACAAAGUUUCCCAGCCAGACGACCAAAAAGGAUUGGGCAAAGUUUCCCAGCCAGACGACCAAACAGGAUUGGGCAAAGUUUCCCAGCCGGAAGAGCGAACAAUAUUGGGCAAAGUUUCCCAGCCAGACGACCAAACAGGAUUGGGCAAAGUUUCCCAGCCAGACGACCAAACAGGAUUGGGCAAAGUUUCUGGGCUAGAGGACAAAACAGAAUUGGGCAAAAUUUCCCGGCCAGCAGAAGGGGCAGGAGUUCCAGUUCAUCAGCCUGAGGGAGGGGCCACCGGAGAGGCAGCAGGACUGGUGGGUGGAAGAAUCGGGCCUUCUGCACCAGGAGCGUUGCCUCCUCUAUCGGCAGGCACUGGCCCAGCGGAGGAGCGGAAAGCCAGCCCCGAGGGCUUGCCGGAAAGACCCGCCCUGGCGAAUCCCAGCCUUGGACUCGGGGACAUGUCUUCCCCACUUCUGGAAAUGAUCCGCAGGUCGGAAAUGCAGAGGGGCGUGCAGGCCCGGGAGCAGCGCGAGACUCCAGCCCCCGCGGUCCCAGACAUCACCGGGCACCCCGCCGGCCUCGCAAGCUGCCCCACCCUGGAGCCUGAGCCGUCCGGGAGCCCGUCGCCCGCCGAGGGAGGCGGAGGGGUCGUGCCUGGGGAGCGGGCCGGCCCCCCUGCUCCCCGGGAGCCCGCCCUCCCGCUGGCACCUCCCUCUGAGCCCUCGCCGGCUGGUGGAGAGGACCGGGAAGACCAGGAGACCCCGGAGGAGGUGGCUGGUGGGGAGGCCGCAGAGAGAGAGAGCAGAACCACAGUGAAGGAUCUGAUCUACUGGACUGAUCCCAAGAAGACGGGCCUGGUGUUCGGCUCGACACUGACCCUCCUGGUGUCGCUGGCGGUUUUCAGCGUGGUCAGCGUGCUGGCUUACCUCGUGCUUGCUCUCCUGGCCGUCACCAUCAGCUUCCGCGUCUACAAGUCCGUCAUCCAGGCCGUGCAGAAGACCAAUGAGGGAAAUCCUUUCAGAGCCUAUCUGGAGCAGGACGUCACCAUGUCUCCGGACGCCUUCCGCAGGUACUGCGACACCACCCUGGCGCACGUGAACCGGGCCCUCAAGUACCUGGUGCAGCUCUUCCUGGUCCAGGAUCUGGUGGACUCGCUCAAGCUCGCGGUUCUGAUGUGGCUGAUGACAUACGUUGGCGCAGUGUUUAACGGAUUGACCCUUCUCAUCCUGGCUCUCCUGGUGACGUUCAGUGUUCCCGCUGUCUACAAGAAAUACCAGACGGAGAUCGACCACUACGUGGAGAUGGUUCAGAAGCAAAUCAGCUGUGCCACUGGGAAAAUCCAGGAAAAACUGCCGGGCACAAAGCGGAAGACUGAGUAAACAGCUGGACUCCCACUCCAGGAAAUUGUGCUCCCCACACCCCCCCCCCACAUCAAGCUACUAAACCUCCACCCCCCAGCCCACGUGUGUUUUGAAAUUAAAACGCUGAAUGCCCAUGUUAUGAUCUGUACUGUCGUCACCAGUCUGCUGUGAUGGGUCACCGAGGCCUCACCUCCCCACCCCUCCUCCCUCCACACACGGGGGGGUGGGGGCAGAGUGGGGAAAAUGAGGAGCGUGGUCAGUAUUACCCGUCAGUGCACUAGCUGAGAACAACAUUCCUCAUCAGCUUCUGUCGAAAUAAGAUUUUAUAUAUGAAUAUAUAUAUUAUAAUAUACGUGUGUAUAUAAAUGUUAUAAAUAUGUCCUCCUCUGGAAACAACUGUCUGUGACAUCUGCUGUAGAUUUCUGGGCGAGGAAGGGGUAAAGGUCACUGGCUGAUGGCCUCUCUCCCCCCCCUCCCCUUUAAUUGUGGAAGCAUUUCAAUGUGUGUGCUCGAUGCUGUAAGUGGACCCAGGAUCGGGGGUGACCGACUGUAAAAGGGUCUCUCUGGGGCUAGAACUGUGUGUCUGAGUGACGGUCUGUGUGUAGGAGUGUGCCUUCAAGGCUGCUUGCCCCCCCCCCCUCUCCCUUGCGGGGUGAAGGCCGGGCGUGCGCCGUUUCCCCACACACCUCGUCCCCCUCGCACCCUGCAGGCUUACCGUGGUGAGGGAAGCGGGUGGAUCAGAAUGGUGGGACAAUUACCCUCGCUCUCCCCACCCCACCACUGGUGCGGGAGGGCACGCCAGCCUUGGCAGUUAGCUGAUUCUGUGGUUCACCGGCCAACUCGAUGGAGGGGUUGUGCCAGGGAGCAAAAUUCCUUUAGUUAGAUACACUGGCCCUUCCCUAACAACUGUUAACCGAUGAAGAGAUGGGUGGGGGCAGUGUGAAAUGGGAAUAUCAUUAACCCCAGUAAUCGAGAGGGUACGAAAAAGCACGGCGGUUUAAAACUCCUGUUGUCAUUUCAAUUUGCAGAGCUGUUGAGUUUGGAGUUAAAAGAAAUCACUGGUUUGUGGUUUGACUGUGGGGGGGAGGGAGAAAGUCACCCCCCCCAAGGGGUGAUUGCAGUCCAUUCCUUUACCAGCCCUGGGAACCGGCCCCACGGGAGUGUGAUGAUCCCACCUCACCAGUGUUACCGCCACUGUUGUGGGGGAGAUGCUGUCUGACCCUGGCCUCCUCUUACCCUCCCCCCCCCACCUAAAUUCCAGGCGCUGAUCUCUCCACCAGCCUGCCCUGUUAACCCGUUGUCUACAAUCUCUGAGCGAGCAGGGUGGGGAACCGGGUCCGCAGUCUGCCCCCACCAUCCUUCCCCACCAGGAUGGACAGGAAGCUGGUGUGUGUGUGUGUGCCAUUCAGCCCAUCGAGCCUGCUCUGUCAUUCCAUCGUGGCUGAUUUAUUUUCCCUCUCAACCCCAUUACCUAACCAAGAACCGAGCAACCUUUGCUUUAAUGGCUCCACAGCCAUCAUCACGCUCUGGCCGAAGAGAAGUCCCUCUAUUCUGAGGCUGGACGCUCUGCUCCUGGCCUUCUCCUUCCCCCCCCCCCCCUCCCAUUGGAACCAUCCUCCGCCCACCUCAGCAUUCCGAUAUCCGACAGGUUUCAGUGAGUUUUCACCCCAAUCCUUCUCGACUCCAGCCGAUUCAGACCCGGAGGCAUCCAAUGCUCCUCACAGGUUAACCCCUUCCGGGAUAGUUCUCGUGAACCCCCCCCCCCCACCCCACCCCCUCACCACCACCGCGGGAAACACGCGUGUUCGCACACGCUCACGGGGCCGAGUUUCGAGGCCACAUUCUGCAGCGAACGUGGGUGAACUGCCAGGGCUGGGUGUGAGGGUAACGGGGCGGCCCGAGGAGGUGAGUGUGUGUCUGUGAGAGCGAGAUUACACGAAGGCACCGGAAAGUAGGCGAUUCCUGCGGGGGUGGGGGGAAUAAAACUUACUGUGAUGUUGUCGGUAAUAAAUUCUGCCCCUGUUGUUUAA